GCCUUGCUUACGUAAGAGGACGCGACAAAAUCUGUUGCUAAACAAACCAAACCAAACUCGGAUAUUGUAGUUUAAACAUGGAGGUUGGAAAAGCAAAAGAAGAAGAGUCAAAGGAGGACUGCAAUCCAACCCAGACCACAUCUCCAGCUCCGUGUGAGGCCAAGAAACCCAGCCAGGCUCUGUACGUCCCCAAACAAAGACGCCAGACCACUAAAGACAAAGCCCAGACUCAAGGAGAGGAUAAACCAAAACCUAAACCUCGAUAUACAGACAAGGCACGAAAGAACGCCAAAAACAGGAGGGACAAGGACAAGGUACCCGUUGGACAGGGAGACACACAGAGCGGGGAUGUAGAGGAGGAGAGACUGCAGGAGGCAGAGGGAGUGGUUAAUGGACAGCAAGAGGCUGAAGCAGCAUCCCCUCUGGAGGAAAAAGAAGAAGAAGAGGAGGAGAGCUGGGAAACUUUAUUCAAUGAUGAUGGAGACUGUUUGGAUCCCCAUCUGCUGGAAGAGCUGUCCUUGAGCGAGGGCAGAAAGAAGAAGUCGAUCCAGGAACCUAGAUUUGACUACUACAACAUGGACUUGGAUGAUGAAGAAGAAAUAGAUCUCACAGAGGAUGAACUUUCUCAUAUUGUGGAAAUCUACGACUUCCCCACAGAGUUUAAGACGGAAGAUCUUGUAAAGUUAUUUCAGUGCUAUCAACAGAGAGGAUUCGACAUCAAGUGGAUUGAUGACAAACAUGCCCUAGGUCUCUUCUCCAGCCCCAUAGCAGCCCGAGAAGCUCUGAGAUCCAAAAACCCACUAAUGAAAUUAAGACCACUGUCCAAAUCCUCCAAUGCAACAAAGGCUAAAGCCCGCAGCUGCUCAGAAUACCUCCUGCCUGCUAAAGAGCGACCUCAGACAAGUGCAGCACUGGCUCGGAAGCUUGUCAUCGGAGCACUCGGUAUGAAGAGCAACUUAACAAAGGAGCAGCGAGAGGCAGAGAGAAAGAAACUCCAACAGGCCAAAGAGCAAAAGCGCCUGGCGGCCAGACAAAGGGAAGAUGCUUGGGAUGGAAAGUGAAUAAUGAAUGGACCUUUUUUUUUUUUUUAAUAGAAAAAAGCUACUUAAACUUGAACUUCAGCUCUGUUUGUCUUGUCUGAGCCAGUACUGGUUGGAGCAAAUAUCAGGAUUCAUAUAUAUCUGUGUUAAGCACGGACACCCCUGAGUUUCAAAUGAUUUGAAAUAUAUUUCUGUCCUAAUACAAAGCUUUUAUCUUCGUCUUUAAUUUUAUCACUGUAAAAAAAUUCUAACUUCAUUUAAUGAAGGCACUGUUGAAUUGGAUAUAAGCCAGGUUGGUUAUAUUCACAUUUCAGUGUCUUGUAUCAUUCAUACCUGCUUUGUUUUUUCUUUCCUGUUUUUUAAAGCCCGUCUACAAGUCUUUUUUUUUUAUGAAUUGUAUUUGAAUGGGUUCAAAAUUCAUGUCUCCCUUUUUUGGAAGCUUGACGAAUGAAAGACCUAUUUAAUGUUUUUUUCAAACACUGAAGUGUAAGAUUAUGAAUUGCUACCUGAACCAUUAAAAAUUAAGUACAGUCCCAGCUCAAGUUUGAAAUGU